GUGUCGGGCGGACGUGGAUCUGUGCAACAGAUCCGUCUACGAGGACUCCCACCCGGACCGGACCCGGACUGGACCCGAACCUGGACCUGGACCCGGACUGGACCCGGACACAUUUCCCCUUUCAUGUGUUUGUCCUUCGGUCCAGGAUCAGGAUUAAAUUCAGCAUGGACCAUUUCUGAGGACGCACCCCCCCCCCACUCUUUUUCCGUCUGUGGAUCCUGUCGCGGAAUCCGGAUCCAAAAUGAUCCAACCCAAAGGGAAUGCGCUCCUCCCGCACCUCCUCCUGCACCUCCUCCUGCUGCUCCUCAUCCGCGGAGGCCAAGCCAAGACUCUGAAGUACAAAGUUUAUGAGGAGCAGAAGGUGGGCACUGUUAUUGCGCGGCUGAAGGAGGACGUGGCGGGGGUUCUGUCCAAACUGCCCCCCUCCCUGACUUUUCGGUUCCGCGCCAUGCAAAGGGGGAGCACGCCGUUCCUGUCGGUCCGGGAGGAGGACGGGGAGAUCAGCAUCGGAACCAAAAUCGACCGCGAAAAGCUGUGUGAAAAGAAUUUCAACUGUUCCAUCGAGUUCGACGUGGUGACUCUGCCCACGGAGUACCUGCAGCUGUUCCACGUGGAGGUGGAGGUGCUGGACAUCAACGACAACUCCCCGCACUUCUCCCGCGCCAUCGUCCCCAUCGAGAUCUCCGAGAGCGCAUCCGUGGGGACGCGCGUGCCCCUGGACGGCGCCGUGGAUGCGGACGUGGGGGAGAACUCGCUGCACACUUACUCCCUGACGCCGAACAACUUCUUCAAGAUCGAAGUUCGGACCAGGACGGACGGGGCCAAGUACGCGGAGCUGGUGGUCAUGCGGGACCUGGACCGGGAGUCCCAGUCCAGUUACCAGCUGCAGCUGACGGCCUCAGAUAAUGGCGUCCCUCCUAAAUCCGGCUCCACCUUACUGAAGAUCAGCAUUUCGGACUCCAAUGACAACAGCCCGGUCUUCGAUGAACAGGCUUACGUCAUCAACCUGCUGGAAAACUGCCCUCUGGGAACUUUAAUUAUUGACCUGAACGCCACAGAUCCGGAUGAGGGCACCAAUGGGAAGAUCGUCUACUCCUUCAGCAGUCACGUGUCCCCAAAGAUCCUGGAAACAUUUAAGAUCAACCCUGAAAACGGCCACAUUACUCUGAUUAAAAAAGUGGACUAUGAAAGCACCGUGUCCUAUGAGCUGGACGUCCAGGCCCAGGACCUGGGUCCCAACUCCAUCCCUGGACUGUGUAAGAUAGUGGUGAAAGUGGUGGACGUCAACGACAACAAACCGGAGAUUAACGUCAAUCUGAUGACUCCGGGCAAAGAGGAGGUGGCCUACAUUUCGGAGGGGGCGCCUGUGGACACCUUCAUAGCGCUGGUGCGUGUCGACGACAGCGACGCCGGGCUCAACGGCGAGGUGGCGUGCCGGCUGCAUGGCCACGGCCACUUCAGGCUGCAGAAGACCUACGAGAAGAACUACAUGAUCCUCACAAACGUCUCACUGGACCGCGAGAAGAGGUCGGAGUACAGCCUGACCGUUAUCGCCGAGGACAGGGGCUCCCCGAGUCUGUCCACCAUCAAACACUUCACGGUGCAGGUGCUGGACGAAAACGACAAUCCGCCACACUUCGAGAAAAGCCGUUACGAAGUUUUUAAAUCCGAGAACAACUCCCCCGGAGCCUACCUGAUGACCGUAGUGGCCUCAGAUCCAGAUUUGGGCACCAACGGCCAGGUCACCUACACCAUCAUAGACGCCAUCCUCCAGGGGAGCCCCGUAUCCACCUACGUAACCAUCGACCCCUCCAACGGAGCCAUCUACGCCCUGCGCAGCUUCGAUCACGAAGAUGUCAGCAGGAUCGUGUUCACUGUUCAGGCACGUGAUGGGGGAAACCCCGCCCUUUCAGCCAACGCCACGGUCCUGCUCACCGUCUUGGAUGAAAAUGACAACCCCCCCAUCAUCCACUCCCCCUCCCUCCGGAAUCACACUGUGGAGCUUCCGGUGUGGAAAUACGCCUCCCCGGGUCAGCUGAUCACUGCACUGAAGGUCACGGACCGUGACGCCGGAGCUAAUGGGGAGGUGAGUUGUGCCAUUGUUGCUGGCAACGAGGACGGCCUGUUUGUGAUGGACGCCCGGCGUUGUGAGCUCAGAACCAACUCCAGUCUGGAGCAGGCUCCCAAGGAUCUGAUGGAGCUCAGGGUGGAAGUGCAGGACCGAGGCAGCAGCCGGCUGAGCGCCGGGGCCGUGCUCCGGCUGUCGCUGCAGGAGAACAUGGACGUCCUCCCCCCUCUGUACCCCACCGGCUCCAGCCAGGCCCCGCUCGACCUGUCCCUCAUCGUCAUCAUCUCCCUGUGCGCCGUUUGUGCGCUGCUGCUCAUCAUCAUGGUCAUGUUCGCCACAGCCCGCUGCAACCGGGAGAAGAAAGACCCCCGACACAACUACAACUGCCGAGUGGCCGAGAACAGCUACCAGAACCACCCCAAGAAGCCGGCCCGGCAGAUCCACAAGGCCGACAUCACACUUGUGCCUACGGUCAACGGGACUCUGCCGGUCCGGCACCACCCCCGCUCCCCCUCGGCCUCCCCCACCCCUGACAGAGGAACCCUGGGCAGCCGCCAGAGCCACCACAGCCGCCAGUCCCUCAACAGCCUGGUCACCAUCUCCUCCAGUCACGUCCAAGAGAACUUUGCACUGGAGCUGGCCCAUGCCACGCCUCCUGUUGAGGGCCAGUACCAGCCACGACCCAGCUUCAGAGGCAACAAAUACACCCGCAGCUACAGGUACGCUCUUAAUGACAUGGAUAAGUUCAGCCUGAAGGACAGUGGACGUGGGGACAGCGAGGCCGGGGACAGUGACUACGAGGCCGGCAGGGAGUCCCCCAUGGACCGGCUCCUGGGUGAGGGCUUUUCUGAGAUACGUGCCCCUGAGGGUCAGCACAGAACGCAUGCAGGUAUGAGGUUCUGUACUGAGGAGUGCCGGGUUCUGGGUCACUCGGACCAGUGCUGGAUGCCCCCCCUGCCCCCCCUGGCCUCCCCCGCCUCUUCGUCCUCGGACUACCGCAGUAACCUCUACAUCCCUGGGGAAGAAGCCGGUCAGCCCACCGACAUGUCUCAGGACAAGACCCCCCAGCCCUGCACUGACGCCUGCCCUACGAGGAACCAGAGCUUCUCCACCUUCGGCAAGGACGUGACCGGAGAGGAUGGGGACGAGGACGAGGACGAGGGGGGCCAUGGCGCCGACACCAUGGACCAAGACUUGUGUGGGACCACGUCGCUGCUGUCAGAGAUGAGCAGCGUCUUCCAGCGUUUGUUGCCUCAGGGUUUGGACUCGUACGUCCAGGUCAACGAGAACCACAGGGGGACUAGUCUGAGGGGGGCGGGGGUACCCAUGACCGGGUCUCUGGAUCGCAGGAGGGGCCAUCUGCCCGGCAAGGCCAACCCCUCCGUCCAUCAGCAGGGCGUGGCUGCCUGGGCCGCCAACACCCACUUCCAGAACCCCGGCAGCAGUCUGGGCCCGUCCGGGCACCACCAGGCCGGCAGUUACCACACCCUGAAACCCAGCACCAAGCUGAGCUCCCAGAGCGGCAGCAGCAGCCACAAGGGCCCCCAGGCCCCCAGCAGCCCCCAGAACAGCAGCCACGCCCACAAAGCCCACAGCAGCCCCCUGCUGGCAGCCCUGGUCAGCCCCACGCUGGUGCAGGCCCCCCCGGCCCUGGCCCUGGCCCCGGCGCCGCCGCCGCUACCGGGGCCCUCCUCCAAGUGGCUCCCCGCCAUGGAGGAGAUCCCAGAGAACUACGAGGAGGACGACUUGGACUCGGUGCUCUGCCACCUUCAGGGAAAACGCAGCGACAGCCGCCACGAGCUGGUGGACGCCAGCGAACUGGUGGCAGAGAUCAACAAACUGUUACAGGACGUCCGGCAGAGCUAGAGCACUGAUUGGACGAUUUAUGCCCCGCCCACUGAGCAUCCCAUCAGUCCAAAUACGAGUGGAGACGUUUGGGCCCUGGAAGACACAGGACGUGUCAAAUAAAACCAAGACAUAAAAGACAGGACAUGUCUGAAAUAGAAACAGAGACGAAAAAGACCUGCCAGUGUCGUUAAAGGUGCAUUUCCUUUUUUUUUUUUUUUUUCUUUUUAAAGGUGCGUUUCUAAUGUAUUUGUGUUUUGUGAAUGCUAAAUAUCCAAAAAUUGUUUGUAAUUGCUGGUUUCGUACACAAUGUACACAAUGUGACUGUAUUUAUCUUUGUAUUUUAAAAAUACAUUUGUAUACUUAUUAUAUUUAUAAAAAAAAAUGUAUAUAAACUUAAUCAGAAAUUUAUUUUUAUAUUUGAAUGCAUGUUGAUGAUUCUAACUUUGACAUGCGGUUGACAUUCGACAUAUUUAAACGUCUUGUUUAUCGUGAUUCUUUUUUAUGUCACUGUUAUGUAUGAAUAUAUGAAUGAAUAUAUUUACACUUGUGUUUGUGGAUUAUUGUGGGGAAGGGGAGCGUACACAAAUAAAAACAACAACACAAAC